AUGAGUUCGUCGGAGCCGUCACGCAGGCCAGCCGCUCAGAAACGUAGACUCGAACCGGCGGACGACGAAGCCGGACCUUCCAAACGACUCAGAACAGAGGCCACUAAUCCUGCGCCACGUACGGGCGGUCCGAGCACCUCGGGACAAACAGUGGAACUCGAAACCGACAGACUUGAAGCUGACAGCGGAACAUUAGCCGCAGCCAGGCCUGUGCAAGGCGCGAACGGGGAAGCGUCUCGGACAGAUGCUGCAGACAAAGGGAAGGGAAAGGCCAAGGACACCGACACUACUACACGCAAGGAUACUGGGAAAGGUGGCGCGGACCCGUCGACGCACAAAAUCAGGAAGCUUGUACCACCGCGACCAUUCCCGACGGUCCCAACGUCCGUAUCUGCGACGGGGCCACGCUCUGCGCACACAGAGGGAAAGAACUAUAUAUGCAUCACGCGUCAUACACCACUGGGAGGGUAUUUACGGCGGUGUAAGGACGUGAUCCUGAAAGACGGGUACAAAAAUCUUCACCUGAGCGCGAUGGGUGCGGCAAUACCCCACCUAAUGCUGCUCACGGUCUCGCUCCCCUCUAUCCUGCCCUUCCCCCCAGACGAAGUGCACACAGAGAUCCUGACGGGCACCGUCGAGGUACAGGACGAGCUGAUUCCCGAAGACGAGGACGAAGAUAUCUCGUACCGAACACGCGGGAAGUCGACGGUGAGUGUAGUCAUCAAGAUCGGCGACGGGGUAGACGAGGUGUUAAAGGGGAAGAAUAAGAGGAAGGGGAAGGGAGGAGGGUACCAGGCCGCAGACACUGUCGGUGCUGCUGGUGGGAAUCCUGGCGCUGGGAGAAGGGGGAAAAAGAAUGGGAAGGCAGGCAGGCAGAAUACCGUUGGAGGCAGUGGGCCCGCGCCGAUCGUGGUGAGAGAAGACGAGAUGGAGACUGUGUGA